CUGACCAUUAAUAUUAUCCUGAAACGAUAACUGUCAAAUGCCGAAAGGAUACGAAGGAACUCGAAGCUGAACCACGAGACAGACACAGUAGCAGCACUUAGACAAAUUGAACAUCCCUGUGUUGGUUGAAACAUAAGCUGCUAGGUUUGCACUGCAGAACAUGCAGAGGCUGAAUGAAUAACCAUGGCAACAGCAGCUUCAGCAGACGAAGCGGAGAGGACCGACACACCGAUAUAAACAGUGACUGAAGUCUCACAUCCGCAGACCGUUAAUAGAUGUUCGCAGGUUGGGAGGAUAACGUCUUGAGGAAUAAACGAGUAAACUUGGAGGGAGGCCAACAGGAGCGGGGGAUCGCAAAGCAUCAUUAAGCAAGGUGCCCUGUUCUUCAGCGGAGACGCUUCCUGAGUAGCUUGUAUCAAGGCCAUCACUCCUUCCUCUGAUGACUCAAUUAGGGUCACGGUAGUGCUGUAUUCAGACCAAGGUUCCCACUGUGAGGUGAUGAACUGGAAUGUAUCAUGUCUGAAGUACAGGGAACAUUGGAGUUUUCUGUAGAGUUGCACAAGUUUCACAAUGUGGAUCUCUUCCAGAGAGGAUUCUACCAGGUCCGAGCUGGAUUGAAGGUAUCACCUCGUGUGCCACACAGGUUGAUAGCAACAACAAAGGGGAAUACAGGUGAAUGCAGCCUCAGUUCCUCGGGCGUCUACGAUGGCGCCGUGUUCAGCAGGAUCUUUCAGAUCCUCUACAGGAACGAGGAAAUCGCAGUCAAUGACAGUAUGACCUUCAAGGUCCACCUGCUGCUGGAUGGAGAGAGGUUAGAGGAGGCUUUGAGCGAAGUCGAUUUCCAGCUCAAGUUGGACCUGCAUUUCACUGAUAAUGAGCAACAGCUGGCGGAGAUAACGACGGUGCCUGUGAUAAGCAGUCGUACCCUGGGCCUACACUUCCACCCCAGGAAGGGGCUCCACCACCAUGUUCCUGUCAUGUUCGACUACUUCCACCUGUCCGUCAUCUCUGUGUCCAUACAUGCCUCCCUGGUGGCCUUACAUCAACCACUCAUCAGUUUUGCACGGACAGGCAAGGGCGCCUGGCUUGGCAAGGGCUCUCCAGAAAGCGGAAGCGACCAAUCCGCCAUGUCCAUAGAGAACCUCAUGUUCGGCGCUGGAUACUGCAAACCUGUCAUCACAGAGGGGAGUUUUUACGUACCCAGCGAGGACUGCCUGCAGAGAGCUCACACGUGGCACCGGAGACUGUGUCGCCUCCUGCUGGUGGCUCUCAGAGGCCUGCGCUCCUACUUCACCGCUCUGAUGAAGGAGAUCCCCCAGCUGCCUCAACUGGAGAUAGAGGAGCUACCUGUGGAAGAGACCCUAAAUCAGAUGACAAUAGAAUUACAGCUGCAGGGCUGCCACGAGAAGGUGGCUGAGCAGGUCAGCAGAGACGUGAGCCAGCUCUGCUCCCAGCUGAGUGCUCUGUGGAGCCAGUUCCUGGAGGCGGCCGUACCCAACCCCCACAUCCUGUCCUACCUAGCCCAGGAGCAUCACACACUCAGGGUCAGGAGGUUUUCAGAAGCAUACUUCUUCACUGAGCACUCCAAAGAGACGUCCCUCACCUUCCAAGAAGAGCUGAUCAACAAACAUGGGCAGAUGGCUUCAGAGGUACGUAGCUCUGAUUAUCUGAUUCGAAUGCCCCCUUUACCUGUGGAAUGCCUGGACAUAGACGGAGACUGGAACAGCCUGCCCAUCAUCUUUGAAGACAGAUACGUAGAGUCUCCUUGCACAGAGUGGGGAGCACAUGUGCCAACCCUUGCUGGGAGUGAUAACCAGGUCACCUCGGACCCUCCUACCAUCACUGCCAAUGGGAUAUACGAGCUUGGCCAGGGAGCCAGUUCACCAGCAAUACCCCACAAGCCCUCCGACACCGAGGACUGCAUGGACCUGCCCGCCUACGUCUCUCUGAUCGGUGGCCAGAGCAGGAGCACCAGCAGCAUUAGCAGUCUCCAGGACCUUGUUCUGGAUAAAGAGAGCCCAGAGCCCUCCCAGGCAGGCCCAGCAGAGGAGCAGGACCCUGGAGACCAAGACCCUGGAGACCAAGACCCUGGAGAACAGGCCCUGUCAGAACAGGACCCAGACCCAGACGGGAGCCUUGGUUCAGGGCUUAGGUACACCACAGACAGGCCCACUGAUGAAGACCCACACCGGGGAGAUGCGGUCUCUGUUUUCUCCUCUGAACACAACCCCUCCACUGACUCACACCCUGGUGGUGAAGAUGGAGCUGUUAUUCAUCUCACAGGGGAGGAUGACUCUGUCAGUCAAGAUGUCCUCGAAAACAGGAGUGCAGGAAAGAGCGAGUUGGAUGGGGAAGAGUCGGAUGUUGCCAUGCCACUGACUCAGUCGAUAGAUGACGAGAGCGAAGACGCCCCCCUGAGUAGUCUCUCCACCCACCCGGCUCCUCUCAGAGACCAGCCAAUCACGCCUCCUUUUACUGGGAACCUCAGGAGGGAAAUGAACUAUCGGGGAGGAACGGGCGGCUUCAAGAUCAUGAAGCGCUCAUCCUCCGUCAUCUCCGACUCGGGCAUCGAGAGCGAGCCCAGCUCGGUGGCCUGGCCCCUCGAGGCGCUGAGGGGGCGCCCUCCGCUGGACUUCUCCAGCGAGCGCGAGAUCCUCCAGCCGCUGGUGAGACGGCGCGGCGCGGCCCACCGGAGCUCCCUGGAGGGGGGCCUGCAGACGGAGAGCAACGGCAGCCUCGGGGGCAUCCAGACCUCGCUCACCUCCAUCAGCUCGCUGCCUUACGAGGAGGAGGAGCUCCAGAGGCAGCAGCUCAGCAAGCUCACCAAGUCCGUCUCCGCCCCCCAGAUCAGCAGCCCAGAGGACACCGAGGAGGACCAGGGCCCGGCCAAUCAGGAGCCGGACACGGAGAGCGAGGGGACCAACGGGUACGGGUGGGAGGGGGGCUCCUCCACGUUUGCUGCCGGUGGCGGGAGUCCCCCUGAGAGAAGCCAGGAGCCUCCACCCUCACUGGAGGACAUCCUGGAGGGAGAUCUUCUUGAUGCUGGCCUGCCUGCUCCAUCCCUGGAGGUAGGCACAGCUCAGAGGGCGAGUGGCAGCAGUCCCAGACAGAUCACUGGACCUGUUAAUACAUGCCUGAAUGAGGAGCCACGGGACAUACUGGCAGCGUUAAGCGACUCCCCCAAAGCGUUUCGGCUCCAGACGUCUAUGGACGGUCCCGAUGUGAAAAGCACAGCUCUAGUCAGUCAGACAGAGGAGGUGAGCUGUCUUGGAGACCAAGGGAUGUUGGGGUCAGAGGUUGUGGCAGCCUGCAGCUGUGGAACCAAGCCAUGUGCUCAUGAAAACAUGGUGGAAGCGGAGACCUGUCCGAUCGGGGACGAUUGCCAAAGUUUAAACCAGAUUAAGCUGCUUGAUCUUGAGGACGAAAACCUUCUGGGUGACCCUCGGGUGUCCCCACUGCCCCAGCAGGACACCGACAACACACUCAGACCCGUUGACCUCGUAAAUCUCCAAACCAAUGGCGCGGCGCGCUUGGACGACCUCAUCGGGUUCGCAGCCAAUGAGAGAGAGCCUCGGCCACUGGAGUGUCAUAGUCAGCCCACUGCGAAGAUCCCCAGCUCUGGCCUGGCCUUCAUGAAUAGGAAGGUGGUGGAAGUGGUCAACAUGUCUGUGUCCUGUGCCCCCACUUGUCUCCCCUUCUCCUCCGUCCUCCGAGACUCUCCUUCCAUCAGUGGCCUUUCUACCCGCCAGGCUACCUCCCCCAUUACCCAUCAGCCCCUGGGCUCUUUUGGCAUCAUCUCCUCGUCGUCGUCCAACACCCUGGGUACAGAGGACGAGACCAAUGAGAGGAUGCUGCAUUUCUACAAAGCCAAAGAGGAUCUUCUGAGGGAGAUGAGCCUGCAGGCCGGCCUGUACAGCGACCUGCCCCUGCUGGCAUCCGACCUGCCCUACUUCCCCCCCGAAGAGGAGGACGAGGAGUUUGAGGACGGGAUCCACCUGGUGGUGUGUGUCCACGGCCUGGAUGGAAACAGUGCAGACCUACGGCUGGUCAAGACCUUCAUUGAGCUGGGCCUACCAGGGUCGAGAUUAGACUUCCUCAUGUCUGAGAGGAACCAGACCGACACGUUUGCAGAUUUCGACACCAUGACGGACAGACUGCUAGAUGAGAUCAUUCAGCACAUUCAGCUGUACAAUCUGACGAUCGGCAGAAUAAGCUUUAUUGGCCACUCUCUGGGGAACGUCAUCAUCCGCUCGGUGCUGACGAGGCCACGCUUCCGCUGCUACCUGUGCAAACUGCACACGUUCCUGUCUCUGUCUGGCCCCCACCUGGGAACCCUGUACAACAGCAGCACGCUGGUUAGCACAGGUCUGUGGCUCAUGCAGAAGCUGAAGAAGUCGGGAUCGUUGCUGCAGCUCACCUUCAGAGAUCACACCGACCCGCGAAAGACGUUCCUCUACCUUCUAAGCCAGAAGCCAGGACUGCAAUUCUUCAAGAACGUUGUGUUAGUUGCAUCGCCGCAGGACCGCUAUGUUCCCUUCCACUCGGCCAGAAUAGAGAUGUGUAGGACUGCACUCAAAGACAGGACCACAGGCCCGGUGUAUACAGAAAUGAUCAACAACCUGCUCCAGCCCCUGGUGGGAGCCCCAGACUGCAGGUUAAUCAGACAGAACGUGUUCCACGCCCUGCCCAACACAGCCAACACUCUGAUUGGCCGAGCCGCCCACAUCGCCGUGCUCGACUCGGAGCUCUUCCUCGAGAAGUUCUUCCUCGUCGCAGGGCUCAACUACUUCAAAUAGAGACAGACUUCCCACAGUGUAGGCUGGUGUCUAAGGCUAAUGAGGUGAGAGAAUAACGUUUUGUUUUGUUCCGUUUUUUUACCCUGAGCGUGUACAGUGUAAAUAAGUACCGUAUGUAUACCCUGUGUUGUCUAACAGAUAGACAUAAAUACUUCAUUACUGCAUUAGCACUACUGUAUAAACCGACAUCAUAAGUUAAGUUCAAGUCAUGUGACAGCAGCUAGGUUCUGAGUCUUGUUUACCUUUGUCAACUGAAAUAAGCUCUAUUUCAUACUUCAUUACUGGUGUUGAGUAGGCCUUAUGGAUAACAUGUUAUCCAAAGCACUACCAAAAGGAUAGUUAUGGCCAAGAGCAUUUAGUUCAGUAUUUGCUAUUUAGAUGAUUUGAUGAAGAGGUUCGUCUGGAUAACUGGUGUGAACUUUACUUGAAGGAAAACACUGAAUAAAGUCUUAACUUGAUGAGAGAUGGUUGCUUCGGCUCGAUCUCCUCGACUGUAUAUUGUACGAUAUUUAUGACAAGUUGAACAUCCACAGAGAAUGUGGUGAUAUUUUAUUGUACAAAAUCUUUCUUUUUACAAAACGAAUCUAGAUAUUGUUUUAAAUUAUUUAUUUUGUAUUGAUUGAAGUUCAUCCCCCUCAUAAAAUGUGACCUUUACAGUGUUUUCUAUCGACAUCCGUUGGCAGCAUUGCAAACAGGCCAAAAUAGAGGGCAAACAUUCACUAUAAUACAGUGCAAGUCCUAUAUACUCCUUGUAAAAGUUGAUAUAUUACAUAUCCUAAAUGUGUACACUCAUCCAAAAGCAUUUGCAGCGUGUCUCGGGUGAUUUCUGUUGUCAUUAACCUUUCAAUGCCUUCGUGUUUUGUGAAGAAGCUCACUGUGUUGAUGUCGCCCAACCUUUUCUGUCAAUUGUGUUUUAUUUUAGCUACUGUACUGAUUCUCUGGAAGCAGAAACAUUAGUUGAAUGCAGGGUCACAGCGUCCCUUAGCUAUCUCCGAGCUGAUUACCAUGUUGAAGGUUUAUAAUAUCUUGAAAGUGAAAUGUUACAUCGACAGAAUCUUCUAUCUCAUGGACUUGCCCCAUUUCUAUCAUAAUGAUCUCAUUAGAAUAUUGUUAGUAAAACAUCUCUGGUGUGGACUAGUUUCUUCCUCUUUUCUGUUAUGCCACAGUUCUGUCAGUCACAUGAAAUGGACAGUCAGUGAGUCUCUCUUUUUAAGCCCCUCGAGACUAAACGCCUCACAUAGCCACCGUACACGGCUGUCCAUGAAGAUCAAACAAUGUUUACAUUUUGAUAUGAAAGAGCGGUUGCCGCGGUGUCACCCGUGCAAAGCUCGACAUCCGUCUGGCCAUUCACAUCUGUUGGCUGAAACCGCAUGAACCCUUCACACUGAGCGACGAGCGGGCUUUCCUUACUGCUGUAGGUCCGUGCACUUAAACAGCUUGCCAGUCCCUGUCCACGGCAUUGAAGAUGGACUCCACACCACCCGUGUGUGUUUUUCUCUUCUCUCCUGUUGGUUUUGAUGGGCGCUUCAGCUCCUUUAAGGGAUGACCGACCUCAGCAGGUCUGUCUGGAGCCUCUGCUGGUACGCCAUUGUCCUCAAGAUUACUGUCCUUUUGUACGAAAGGUGACGUUUCAAAGUGCUCUUGUGCCAGCUGAGAGGUGGCUCUGGCUCCCUGUGUUCGCUGUAGCACUGCCUGGUAAGCAGAGUGUCACUGUGAUUGACUCUAAUUAAACGCCCCCCCUUUAGGAGGCGGGGAGCGUUCACAAGCCACUACAGCUGCGUAAGCAAUCUGUGGGAGCUGCCAGGCAUCAUGCAUCAUUCCCCCCCCCCCCCCCCCCCCACCGAGGUGGGGCUUCGGCUUGUUUGCUUUUCCCCCCAUAGGGCCACGAUCUGUUUACCCAGAGGGUCAUGGAUGGUGAGGUGAGUGGAGAUUAUUCCCAGCAAGGGCAAGCACUGGUCUGGGAGGGGUCCCCUUGCCACAUUUUGUUGAGCUCCUUAAUAUUCACGGUUUAGCUGGGUCACCCUGCCACCCCCAUGUAGUCUCCCAUAGAAUAAUCACAUAGAAGCUCUGUUAAAGUAGAAUAGUGUGUGUGUCGGUCUGUUUGGACCCAGAAGCUGCUUGUCCAACACUGAUCUAACAAUCUGAGGUAUUUUGCUUUCAGUACUGAUGAUGCUUGAAGGUACGAUUUUACUUUCAAAUGAAGUUGGUUGAAACUGUGAUUACUUGUACUUUAACUGGGUUCAUGUCACCUAGGAUGAUUGACUCGAACCCAUGAAACAUCUUCAUUUGUUGUUGGAGUCAACCAUACUCUUUUUUGCGCUUGUAUGUUCGUAUGUGUCUGUGUGUGGGGGGAGAACGAGACAGAGAGCGAGAGAGUAUAUGCAGUGUAGGAUAUAUAUUCAAAUAUUAAAUGAUCCAGGGCUUUGUGUCUGUCGUGUUGAAGUAAGAUUUAUUUAGCUUGUAUCACCAUUGUCUGCUCUUCAAUGUUGUUCUGGAGCUUAACAAUGUUCCAAAUGUUUAAUGUGAAUGUAAAUGACAAAAAAAAAAGGUUAACUUCACUGUGAGUGACAUGUACUUAUUUAAUGAUGUAUUUAUUUUGCUAAGAAGUAAUCUGUACAGUACAUAGAGCCUCAUCUGUGCCAAUACUACUCCAAAUAUUUUUAUAUGUUUGCUUACUGUAUGUAUCCCUUAGUAGCUUGUGUCCCGUGUAAAAUAUAUAAAUAAAUAUAUGACAUCAAAUUAUUAUAAACAAUAUCAGUAUGAUAUUCUAAUAAAAAAAGA